AUGCCCGGUGGUAUGCCCGGCACGCCCUCCAUGGACCCCGGCAUGUUAUCACACCACCGGUCAACCGGCCACUCCCAAACCCCAACCUCAGUCAAGACUCUGAAGCUUCCCGAGUACUUCCCAGACUUCAAGGACCAAGGCAACAGCAACGCUCCCGGCGCCAGCGGUGGCAGCGCUGGAGGUAACCCAGGCGCACCCGGCACAUCUCAAGGUGGCCAUGGAAUGGAAGAGGCCGUUUUCCUCGGCGCUCAGAUGGCUGCCAAGGUCUUCUUUGUCAUUGAUCAGGGUCUCAGCAAGGGUUACAUGAGCCGGGUUGAAUACAACGAGAGCGGACCAUCUGCAAUCCACGAAUACAUCCUGUAA